AUGCCCCUACCCAUAUUCGGCAAAUCACACAAGUCUCCUGCCGAUGUGGUGAAAAAUCUCAAGGAGGCUCUCGUUGCUGUGGAGAAGACACAAGGUGAUAAGAAGGGUGACAAAGCAGUGGAAGAAGUGAACAAAUGGCUGCAAAUGGUGAAGAGCAUUAUUUACGGGUCAGAAACGCAGGAUCCUCAUAGCGAGCAGGUAGCACAACUCGCUCAAGAGACUUAUAAUGCCAAUGUUCUGCCGAUGCUCAUUAAAAAUCUACCGAAACUCGACUUUGAGAGCAAGAAGGAUGUUGCUCAGAUUUUCAACAAUCUUCUUCGCAGACAAAUUGGAACCCGCUCUCCCACUGUAGAAUAUUUAGGUGCUCGUCCCGAAAUGCUUGUCCUUCUUGUUAACGGCUAUCAAAACGGUGACAUUGCCGUCACAUGUGGUCAUAUGCUGCGUGAAUGUAUUCGCCAUGAUCAGUUAGCAAAGAUUCUGCUGCAGCAUGAAUCGUUUUAUAAGUUCUUCACGUAUGUCGAGUUGUCUGCAUUCGACAUUGCCUCCGAUGCCUUUGCUACGUUCAAGGAUUUGAUCACUCGGCACAAAACAUUAUGCGCCGAGUUUUUGGACGCUAAUUACGAUCGUUUUUUCACCGAAUAUCAGAAACUGCUCAAUUCGGAUAAUUACGUUACAAGGCGCCAGUCACUUAAGUUGCUCGGUGAAUUACUACUGGAUCGUCACAACUUCAAUGUAAUGACGCGAUAUAUUUCAAAUCCGGAAAACCUCAAGCUCAUGAUGGAAUUGCUACGUGAGAAGAGUCGUAGCAUCCAAUUUGAAGCUUUUCAUGUGUUUAAAGUCUUUGUUGCUAAUCCGAACAAACCCCGUCCUAUUGCCGAUAUUCUGUUGAGGAAUCGCGAAAAACUGGUCGACUUCCUGGCGCAGUUCCAUACGGAACGUACAGAUGACGAACAAUUCAACGACGAGAAAGCGUACUUGAUCAAACAGAUUCAGGAAAUGAAGGCUUGA